CAAGAUAUUUUAACUUGUGAAGAAGAUAUAAAUCAGUUAAUUGAAGAUAAUUUAUAUAAUAAUUCUUAUCCUAAUUUAUUAGUAAAUGUAUUGAAUGACUUUUUUGGUAGUUUGGAUAAAAAAAUUCUAACUGAAAAUAUUUUAAACGAAAAUAAUAUUAUAGAGUUAAUUCAAAAUAAAAUUUGUAGUAAAGAAGAUAGUUUAAAUUAUUCUGAUAAUUCUGAAGAGGAACCUGAAUUACA